ACGUGAAAUAAUUUAUCAUCUCUCUCGAGUAAACAAUAUCGGAUUUUGUGGAUUUUGUCCGUGUUUUAUCGAUUUUCGUUUCGAAAUUAAGUGAAAAUCUAGUCAGAAAAAGUCCGCUCACAAGUGUCCAGCCACCGUCCAGCCAUGGGUCUUCUGUCGAACCCGUCCCUCUCGCAGAAAGCCAAAUACUGCAAGCUAUUGAUCCGGCGCAACGCCUCCAUCUGUUUCGGUUUGUACCUGCUGGGCGUGAUCUGCUUCGGGCUGCUUCCGGAACCGAACUUCAACUCUGGGACGUACUUUUCGGAAAAUGCACUGCUGCCGGGGUUGGUGUAUUCGGAAAUCAAAGCGGAAACCGUUGCUUUGGCGAAGACGUACGCGGCCGAACUGGAUCGGGAGCGGGAGGCUCAUCCGAGCGGGAUGCCAACCGCUUGGUUGCUGGCCAAGAUGCGUAAGAUUGGACUGGAAACGCACGGACACAAUUUUACGCUGAACUACCCGCUGGGCGGAGGGAAAGUUUUCAAGGGGAAGAAUGUUUACGGGAUAUUGAGGGCACCGAGGAUUGCGUCGACGGAGGCGUUUGUGAUUUCGGUGCCGUACCGACCGCCGGAAUCGGUGCUCACGGAUGUGUCGUCUGGAGUGCCGUUGAUGUUGGCGUUUGCUGAUUUCGCCCGGAAGCAAAAAUAUUGGGCCAAGGAUAUCAUUUUUCUGAUAACGGAACAGGAACAGCUGGGGAUGCAGGCCUGGUUGGAGGCUUACCAUGGCUCCGGGGACAAUAGAGUGCUAAACGCGGGGUCUUUAGGCGGACGAGCCGGAGCGAUUCAAGCGGCCAUCAAUUUGGAAGUGCAGAGCUUAGACGUGAAUCACAUCGAUUUGAAGGUGGAAGGACUGAACGGUCAGCUUCCGAACUUAGAUUUACACAAUUUGGCGCAGAAGCUAUCUCAGAAGAACGGAAUUCCGGCGGCUUACAGGUUGUCGGCCACCAAUCAGAGGAAGCCCAGUUCGUACAGUGAAAGGUUGCAGAGUCUGCUGGCGAUGGUUCUGAGUCAAUCCUCUGGGGUUCCUAACGGGAACCAUGGCCUCUUCCACCGCUAUGGAAUUGAAGCAUUGACUAUGGAGUGCGUUAAACGAAACGGACAUCAGAGGAACACAAAUGUAGGGGUCGGCGCCCUGUUGAAGAUUGUGGAAGGAAUUAGUCGGAGUUUGAACAAUCUGCUGGAACGUUUUCACCAGAGCUACUUCUUCUAUCUUCUUGUGACCCACGACCGAUUCGUUUCCAUCGGGGACUACAUGCCAAGUUUGGCCCUAAUGGCCGGAGCUCUGCUGGUCAAUUCGUUCAUUCAUUAUCUGGCGCUUUACUACUCGGAUGAUUCCGAUCCGGAUCAGACACCUUCAGACGACGACGACGAAGACCAACCAGAAACCCCGAACCAUUCCUACACACCCGUCGGAAUUGUGCUCCUCCUUGCUCACGCCAUCGGCGCCCUCACUACCGUCCUUCCGUUCAACCCGGCCCUGAACGACUACCUGCAUCAAUCGAACCUCUCCACCCAGUUCAGCCUGUUCUCCAUCAUGGCAUGCAUAUCGGUGCUCAUACUGAUCCUGCCAGGCUUCAUCACCCUGGACGCGCUCAAUGCCUCGAUUCUUCGGAUUGUCGUUCUGCUGGAACUGGGCACCGCAUUGCUCACCGUGGGAAUGUUGAAUUUCUCCCUCGGUUGGUUGCUGUCGGUGGUGAUCGUGCCGGUCGUUUUGCUGCUGCAGCCGAUGAAAGGCGCCUUCGUCAAAGGAUUAUCCCGACUACUCUGCAUCGUGAUUCAUCCCUUGGUGGUGGUCUAUCUAGUCCUGUUCUGCGUCACUUGCAGUCUGUUCCCAGAACUGACCAUUAAGGAUCAGCUUAAAAAGGCGAUCACCGGAACGAUGGAUGGCAUUACCUAUUCUGUGGUGGAUUCCAUG